AAGACUGUACUCAUUGCAUUCCUGGAACGCAUUGAUCUCUUCUAGUUAUCUUCUUAUAAAAUAAAGGCUGUUCUAUUGAUUUCUACACCUCGCGGCGAAGACAAGUUCCCCUGAAACGACCUGCUUCGUGAUCGAUCGGUCUCGUCAUAGUGACUGUUGACUGUUUCUUGUUCUUCUCAGACCCACAUUGCGAUCCACCUUCACAUCAUCGCCACCCCACAUUAACCAUGACCACUACUACCGACGGCUUCGGAUCCCAGAAGGUGCGCCGGCUGUCGAGCCUGGACGCCCGUCGGGCCGACUUAUAUGGGAGCCCCAGUGUCUCCAUCCCUCCUAAACAUCUCAUGGCCUCCAUCCUUUCUCACAAUACAGCAAACGAAAUGAAAAUGGCAAAGCAACAACUUGGGGGGGAGAUUUCUUCUGAUGAUAUUUAUCCUCAUGUCGCUACUCCUAGCUCGGAGAGGCCCCCCACCACUGCAGACGACUUCGCCUUCGCCUUUGAUAUCGACGGAGUCCUGAUCAGGGGAGGGAAACCCGUUCCUGAAGCCGCUGCUGCUCUGAAAUAUAUCAAUGGAGAAAAUCCGUAUGGAGUCAGUGUUCCCUAUAUCUUCGUGACGAAUGGUGGAGGCAAGACAGAGGAAGAACGAUGUCUGGACCUUAGCCGACAGCUCGAUCUCGAAGUCUCCCCUGGCCAGUUCAUCUGUGGCCACACCCCGAUGCGGGACAUGGCGCAAAGAUACAACACCGUCCUUGUCGUCGGUGGGGAGGGUGAGAAGUGCCGCAUUGUGGCAGAAGGCUAUGGCUUCAAGGAUGUUGUUACUCCCGGAGACAUCAUCAAGACCAAGCACGACACGACACCCUUCCGGAAGUUGACCGAGGAGGAAUACAAGAACUCUCGCUUCCUGGAUCUUAACAAGACGAGGAUAGAGGCGAUCUUUGUUUUCGCCGAUAGUCGAGACUGGGCUGGCGACCAGCAGAUCAUCCUGGACUGUCUCAUGACGAAGGAUGGGAAUCUUGGAGCCCGGUCCGAAACCCACAACGAGGGCCCCCCGUUGUUCUUCUCGCAUAACGACGUGGUCUGGUCCACCUCGCAUGACUACACACGUAUCGGCAUGGGAGCUCUUCGAGCGUCCCUGGAGGCGCUAUACAAAGCCGUCACCGGCAAAGAGCUCUCCACUAUCGCCUUUGGCAAACCGCAGAUUGGUACAUAUCAGUUCGCCAUGCGGCUUUUGCAGGAAUGGCGCAAGGACUACCAUGACAUCAACAAGCCGCCCAGCACCGUAUAUUUCGUGGGCGACACCCCCGAAUCGGACAUUCGGGGCACCAAUGAAUUCAAUGAAAUCAGUGACGCCACCUGGUACUCGAUCCUGGUCAAGACAGGAGUGUACCAGACCGGCACCCCAUCAUAUCCGCCCAAGCAUACCUGCAACAACGUUCUAGACGCUGUCAAGCACGCUGUUGAGCGAGAGAUGUCCAAGAAAAGCAAAGGGGGUCUUAUCGACGAUGCGGAUUCCGGCAUUGGCGCUGAUGUCGCGCCCCUGCGCAACUGAUUCCAGAACCUAGCCACACAACCAACUAUUUUUACACAACAACAAUAACAACAAUCAAGAAGAUCCUCCUCUU